AGAGGGCACUGUAUUCUGACUGGGUUUUCAUGCUUGUAAUGUAAAACUGUUGUGGAGUUUUAACUUUGAAUUUUAUGAACAUUUAUAUAAGUUACAGAAUAUGUGUUAACUGUGUUAUACCUUCUGCUUAUUUAUAGUUAUUCUCCAAAAGUCUGUUCCUGGAUUGAGAAGAAACAAUGUUUCUGUGCUACAUGUAAGCAAGUCUUUACAGUUUUUGAAGGAACUCGUUUGAUUUGAAAAGGACAGAAGCAUUGGACUUUGUGUUGUUAUACUUAACCAGAGAGUGACACAUUUAUUGUAAGGUUUAUUAUGGCACUUUAUCAGUCCAUGUUUGGUUGCUUGAAGUCAUUCUUCAGAUGUGUUGGUCGGACAACUUCUAGUAAGAUUUCAGGAGUUUUUCCAUCAUCUUCAUCUCUGACGAUCCCUUCUGCAGUAACCUUGUCUUCGUAUAGAUUUUAUCAGCCUUGUUUUCUUUUUAACUCCGGAAUCUGCACAUCAGAUUUUUUUUGGAAAAGUGCACCAGGUUUUUCGUUUAAAUCUUCGCUUUUUUUAACUCCUCUAUUGGCCCCCCCAAGACAAAGCCAGCCUUCUGCUGGGACUGUACGAAUGAGAACAACAUUACUCCGUUUACAUAAAAAUGGGCCACAUAUCAAGAAGCGGAAGAAAAAGCGCCCUCUAGAUGGAAGACCACAAAUGAAAGGGGUGGUUUUAAAAACACUGAUAAAAAAACCGAAAAAACCAAACUCUGCGAACAGGAAGUGCGUUUUGCUCCGACUGUCUAAUGGCCGAGAAGCUGUGGCUUACGUACCUGGAGAAGGCCACAACCUCCAAGAACACAACAUCGUGUUGGUCAGGUGUGGUCGCUGCCGGGAUGUUCCAGGUGUCAAGUUAAAAGUUAUUCGCGGAAAAUACGAUUGUGCUCAUGUGGUAAAGCGUAGCCAAGUAUAACAA